AUUCUCUUAAAAGUAGGUCAGUCUAUCCAAAAUUGAGACAGUCGCAGGAAUAGCUAUAAGGAAGUCCCCAGAACAAUUUCCACAUCUCUUCUCUAUAAUAUUUUCAAGCUCCAGAUCUACCAAGAGCAUUCGAAACGAGUAUUUCCAUCCCCCCAGCUCAACUUCGGCCCUGAACCAGUUGGACUCGCUCAUACGUCACUUCCUGAUUCAGAGCCGGGGAAACCGGAAGCCUCACGCGCUGAGAAGAGGAGGUUCGUACCGCUGUGGAGUUGUUAUGGGCCGGAGGAGAGCGCCGGGUAGCGGGUCUCUGGGCCGGGUACUUAUCCGGCAUCAGACUCAGCGAAGCCGCAGCCAACGUCAUACCGACUCCUGGUUGCACACGAGUGAACUCAAUGAUGGCUACGACUGGGGCCGCCUUAAUCUUCAGUCAGUGACGGAACAGAGCUCCCUUGAGGACUUCCUUGCAACUGCAGAACUUGCAGGGACUGAGUUCGUAGCUGAGAAGCUUAACAUCAAGUUUGUGCUCCCUGAGGCUAGAACUGGACUGCUGUCUUUUGAGGAGAGCCAGAGAAUUAAGAAACUCCAUGAAGAAAACAGACAGUUCUUGUGUAUACCAAGGAGACCACACUGGGACAGACAAACGAGCCCUGAAGAGCUGAGACAGGCAGAGAAAGACAACUUCCUAAAAUGGAGACGCCAGCUUGUCCGGCUAGAAGAGGAACAAAAGUUGAUAUUGACUCCCUUUGAACGAAAUUUGGACUUUUGGCGCCAGCUCUGGAGGGUCAUUGAGAGAAGUGAUAUUGUGGUCCAGAUAGUAGAUGCUCGAAACCCACUCCUGUUUAGAUGUGAGGAUUUGGAAUGUUACGUGAAGGAGAUAGAUGCCGAUAAGGAGAACGUCAUUCUGAUAAACAAAGCAGACCUGUUAACUGCUGAGCAGCGCUUUGCCUGGGCCUCGCACUUUGAAAAUGAAGGUGUGAAGGUUAUUUUCUGGUCAGCUUUGGCAGAAACCAUUCACUCUAAGGACCAAGGCAACGGGGUUGCUGGAGAAGCCAGCAGAACUGAGUCUGAAAACUCGAGUUUGGAUGAGAAUGAAACUCCACGCAGAGAUUUGCUCUCACUUAGUGAGGGGUUGGCAAGUGACGAAGACGACAGUGAGUAUGAGGACUGUCAGGAGGAGGAGGAGGAGGAGGAGGAGGAAGACUGGCAGACGUGUUCGGAAGAAGACAGCAGCCCUGAGGAGGAGGACUGUGGUCAGGACUGGAAGGAACAUUGUCCUGUCGAUUCUGAGGCUCAGAACAGAACAAUUCCAGAAAGCCAUCCCAUGAACAAUUGUAGCCACCUGGUGUCUAAGCAGGAAUUACUGGAGCUCUUGAAGAAGCUCCACACUGGGAAGAAGGUGAAAGAUGGACAGCUAACUGUCGGGCUGGUGGGCUACCCUAAUGUUGGUAAGAGCUCGACCAUCAACACUCUCAUGGGCAACAAGAAAGUGUCUGUGUCUGCCACACCUGGCCACACCAAGCAUUUCCAGACUCUGUAUGUGGAGCCUGGCCUCUGCCUGUGUGACUGCCCGGGCCUGGUGAUGCCAUCCUUUGUGUCUACGAAAGCAGAGAUGAUUUGCAAUGGGAUCCUCCCGAUCGACCAGAUGAGAGAUCACGUUCCCCCCAUAUCACUAGUUUGCCAGAAUAUCCCACGCCAUGUUUUGGAAGCUACCUAUGGUAUUAACAUUAUAAAGCCUGGAGAAGAUGAAGACCCCUACCGACCUCCAACCUCAGAAGAGCUCUUGACGGCUUAUGGAUGCAUGCGAGGAUUCAUGACAGCACAUGGACAGCCAGACCAGCCUCGAUCUGCACGUUACAUCCUGAAGGACUAUGUCAAAGGUAAACUGUUGUACUGCCACCCUCCUCCUGGAAGAGAUCCUGUGGCGUUCCAGAAUCAACAUCAGCAACUCCUAGAGAUCAAAACAAAAGCUGAAGAGAUACGACUCCAGCCGGGCAGAAACAAAAAAGCCAAACAGAUUGAAAAUGGAGUUGACAAAGCCUUUUUCCAUCAGGAGAACGUCAGAGCGCUGACCAAAGGGGUCCAGGCUGUGAUGGGCUACAAGCCCGGGAGUGGCCUGCUGAGCGCAGCUGCUGUGAGCGCUGAGAACGUGGCUGGAAAACCCUGGAAAAAACAUGGCAACCGAAAUAAAAAAGAGAAAAGUCGUAGGCUCUACAGACACCUGGAUAUGUGAACUUGCUCUACCAAAGUGGCAUCUGCAUCGUGCAGGUGGACAUGAACCAAAGCCACUGCUGCCUGUGGGGCUUCCCAGACACGGGCACUGUGGAAUGCACCCGGAAGGCUAGACAGCGAGGCAGCCUUCGGAAGCACCAACCGUGCCUGUCAUAGUCAUUGUGGUGCCCCAGGAGUCUCCUUCUGCAGAAGGCUGACGGAUGUGCGUGUAAACAUACGUACAAAUGCAUAUUAACUUUGUUUUUGAAGUUAUUAAAUUAAUUGGCCACUAAUUCA